AUGCGUUCGCCUCUGCUGCAGCUGUUGACUACCUUCGUGCUGAGGAGGUUGGAGCUGCGUCUGCCAGUAGUGGGAGGCGCCGCAGCGGCAGGGGCUGGAAGGGCAGGAGCGGUGGGGGUGGCAAAUGUGGAGGCGGUGGUGGGGGCGGUGGAGGCGUUGGUGGGGGCGGCGGUGGAGGAGGAAGUGGUGGUGGGGGCGGCGGGGCAGGUGGCGGCGGUAGUGGCGGCAGUGGGAGUGGUGGAGGUAGUGGUGGUGGCGGCGGUAGUGGCGGCAGUGGGGGUGGAGGCGGCAGCGGUGGGGGUGGAGGCGGCAGCAGUGGGGGUGGCAGGGGUGGCACCAGCCAGAGGGGAGGCCUUGGAGGUGGCCAGCAGCAGCAGCAACGUCAGCCCCUUUCGUCCCAGGAGCUCCGUGAGUGGUCAAACAUACGAGUGGUCUCACACUCAGCACCGCUGCUUCAACCGCCUUACCGACGCCUUUCGCGCAGAGUUUCCUUAUGCACCUAAGCUUCCCGACUGGGCGGCGCUGCUUAGGCAGAAUGUUGAUAUCUUUGCUCUAGACUUUGAUGCUAUCCUAUCUGCCAUGUAUGCAUUGACUAUUGGUGAUGAGGGUGAUUGUUACCUGUGUCUGCCGCCAGACCCAGGUAUAGAGGCUGCUGCUCUAGGUGCUAGUGAGUCUGCUGCCCUAGGUGCUGGUGAGUCUGCUCUCUUUGGUACUGCGUCUGCUGCGGCCCUACACACCUUCACACUUGACUCAGGUGCUUCCUGCUGUCUCUUUCGCAACAGUACCACAGUCACACCGCUCACUGCACCUGUUGCUGUGUCGUUGGCUGACCCCUCUGGGGGCCCAGUCCUUGCACGUUCCUCCAAUCUACCCUCAAGGAUGCGGGGGUUGACAUCUUCACCCUUGGAUGGCAGCGUGUGGCGUUCUGUACGUGCUCUCGGACCGGUAGCCACCUGGCCUCAAUAA